GUCAGCACUGUAAGUUCACAGCCCAGGUCUGUCCGAUCGCCGCUCGGUCCAGCUCUUGAGCCUUCGCCGCCCGCCGGUCAGCCGCCUGAACGCGCCUCAAGCUCCUCAGCCCCGGACCAGAGAGAAGCUGGCGAGGUCGCGCCCAGAGAGCAUCGCUGCCUACGAGCUCUGCACCUUCCUGCUUCCAGUUUUCAGAAUAGUUUUCAACCCUCUUGGGAGAAAGUCAUUUUUGUUAUCUCGACCCUGUGACUUCAUUGAUCACUUAUCUUUCUUUUCCUAAUUCCGGCCAACUUUGGUCACACCCCGCAUACUUGGCAAGUGUUUGGUUUCUGGAAACCUCCCUCUGGGUAUUUCUGGUCGAGGGUGACAAGAGAAGUCCCGCGAUCCCUUGAUCCCUCAAUCCCUCAAGCAGACUGUCCUGGCCUGGGUGGUGAGGUCGCGAUGUCCACCAAGGUGCCCAUCUAUCUGAAGCGAGGCAGCCGCAAGGGCAAGAAAGAGAAGCUGAGGGACCUGCUGUCCUCCGACAUGAUCAGCCCGCCGCUGGGGGACUUCCGCCACACCAUUCACAUUGGCAGCGGUGGCGGCAGUGACAUGUUCGGUGACAUUUCCUUCCUGCAAGGCAAGUUCCACCUCCUGCCGGGGACGACGGUCGAGGAGGCCGAGGAGGAUGGUGGCUUUGAGCUGCCCUUCCAGUUCAUGCGCACGGCCACCCUGUGCGGGCGGGAGCUCCCCGACGGGCCGUCCCCUCUGCUCAAAAACGCGAUCUCCCUGCCGGUCAUCGGCGGGCCCCAGGCCCUCACCCUGCCCGCAGCCCAGGCCCCACCCAAACCCCCUCGCCUGCACCUGGAGACCCCUCAGCCUUCCCCACAGCCCUCCCCACAGGAGGCAGGGAGUGUGGACAUCUGGAGGAUUCCAGAGGCUGGCUCGGCCCGCAGUGGGCUGACCCCCGAGUCCGGGACGGAGGAGCCCUUCCUGUCGCACGCCAGCUCGCUGCUCUCCCUGCACGUGGACCUGGGGCCGUCCAUCCUGGACGAUGUCCUCCAGAUCAUGGACCAGGACCUGGGCCACUUGCAGAUCCCCACAUAGGACCCAAGAAUGGCCAGGCUGGGGUGAACACCGGAGGCAGGGGGUGGACACGGCCCUGAUCUAGAAGUCAGGGUCCCAAGGUCCCACCUGUGUGGUUGCUGGCCAGUGAUGUCUCACUUUGAGCCUUUGUUUCCCUUCCUCCCACCCUCUCCCCAUGGACAGAGUGGCCCCUUUGCUUUCCCCUGAGCCCCAUGAGGACAUGUGCAGAUGUGAGCCCAAAGUGCCCUCUGCAUCUUGGGACACCCGGACUCCCACUACCAGCUACUCCUCAGAUCCCUUGGACGAAAGCUCUGUUGAAAUGGACUCUGCUUUUCACCUCCCUCUGCCUCAGCCCCAUCAAGGCCCUGAUGAGGGGUGGGGGCGGGGGAAGAGGUGAGGCACCGCCAGCUGGACCUUUGUCUCUGAGUCACUGACUGGGAACGUGGCAUCCCUCCGUGACGGAUGUCCCUCCGCCCCACCCCUCCCACAUGACCAGGGGAUUCUGGUCGCAUUAAAACUUGCUGCU